CCCUUCGGUGAAUUCCUCCACGCUUUUGUUUUUUCGCUCCCUCCGAGCGCUCAGCCCCGCCCCCUUCUCCCCCAGUCGGCCCCUGAGUGUUCUGCAGGCCACGCCCUCGGCCCCUGUGCCCGCCCUUUUCCUCAGCGAAGACGAAACCGCUUGCUGCGUUCGCUGGGGGGAGCGCAGCGCCGAAGCCGAGUGUUGUGUCCCAACAUGGCAGCGCAGGGGACGAGCUACAGCGGCCAAGACCGGACCCUCUACCUGUAUGACUGUCGCCAGGAUAAGGCGGACAGUGGCGAAAAAGUUCUUAAGUGCCGUGAGAAAACCUAUGAGGGCUUCCGGAACGCCGUGUGCCAGGUAUUUGGCAUAUCCUUUGAAGAAACUUUCAUUAUUACAACAACAAAUAGAAAAGAGAUCACGGAUGAAAACUUUAAUGAAAUUGUCCAAGAUGGGAAGACUUUCUACUUGCUACGAUCAGUUGAUCAGUCACUUCCCUCAGCAACAAAGGAGCGCAUUGAUUUCCUACCACAUUAUGACACUCUUGUGAAAAGUGGAAUGUAUGAAUAUUAUGCUAGUGAAGGACAAAAUCCUCUGCCAUUUGCUCUAGCAGAAUUAAUUGAUAACUCUUUAUCAGCUACUUCACAAAAUACUGGGAUCCGGAGCAUACAGUUAAAGCUGUUAUUUGAUGACACCCAAGGAAAACCGGCUGUGGCUAUGAUUGAUAAUGGAAGAGGCAUGACUUCUAAACAACUUAAUAAUUGGGCUGUAUAUCGUUUGUCAAAGUUUACACGGCAAAGUUACAUUGAAAGUGAUCAUUCAGGAUAUGUACGGCCCCCAGCAGUACCUCGCAGUUUAAACAGUGAUAUAUCCUAUUUUGGGGUUGGUGGAAAACAAGCAGUGUUUUUUGUUGGACAGUCUACCAGGAUGAUAAGCAAACCUGUGGAUUCUCAAGAUGUUCAUGAACUUGUUCUUUCUAAAGAGGAUUUUGAAAAUAAAGAGAAAAAUAAAGAAUUUAUAUACAGUGGAUUCAUUAGAAACAGAAAGCCAUCUGACUCUUCCCACAUUGUUAAUGAUGAUGAGCGAUUCCUGCACAAUCUUAUCAUGGAAGAAAAGGACAAAGAAAGUUUCACUGCUGUAAUUAUUACAGGAGUACAGCCAGAUCAUAUGCAAUAUCUGAAAAAUAAUUUUCACCUUUGGACAAGGCAACUGGCACAUAUAUACCAUUACUAUAUCCAUGGACCAAAAGGAAAUGAAGCUAAUGUAACAAUGAAGGAAGUUGGAGCUUUCAACAAUAUUAAUAUUGAGGUUUCAAUAUUUGAGAAAGGGAAGACACCCAAGAUUGUGAAUCUUAGAGAAAUCAAAGAUGACAUGCAGACCUUGUAUAUAAAUACUUCAGCAGAUAGUUUUGAGUUUAAGGCUCAUGUCGAAGGAGAAGGCAUAGUGGAAGGCAUUAUUCGUUAUCAUCCUUUCUUAUAUGAUAAAGAAACCUUCCCUGAAGAUCCUUGCUUUCCUUCAGGAUUAAAAGACGAUGAGGAUGAUGAAGAAUGCUAUAUAAUAGAAAAGGGAGCCAGAGGGAAAAGACCUAUUUUUGAAUGUUUUUGGAAUGGAAGAUUAAUACCAUACACAGCUAUAGAAGACUUUGAGUGGUGUGCUGUUCCCAAGAAAAGAGGACUUGUCCCAGUUGAAUGUUAUAACAGAAUUUCUGGUGUGUUGUUUACUAAUGACAAAUUUCAGGUCAGCACAAAUAAGCUGACUUUCAUGGAUUUGUCAACGAAGUUAAAAAACAAAAACACACUUUUUACAAGAGUCGUCAAUGGACAGGAGCAGCGAAUGAAAAUCGACAGAGAAUUUGCAUUAUGGCUUAAGGAAUGCCAUGAAAGAUAUGAUAAACAGAUAAAAUUCAUUAAUUUUAAAGGGAUAAUUACACGCACUGAUCUGCCUUCUAAAAGAAUGCAAAGUCCUUGGGCUACAUACUCGGCAAUAGAAUGGGAUGGGAAAACAUAUAAAGCUGGACAAGUCGUGAAAACAAUUAAAACACAUUCAAAACUCUAUGGAACUAUAAUCAGUUUUUUUCUAUAUGGAGAUCAUGAUGGAGAUGUGUAUGCUACUGGAGGACAAGUUCAGAUAGCAUUGGAACCUCAGGCAUUGUAUGAUGAAAUAAAAGUAAUACCAAUAUGCAAACUUGAUCGUUCAGUGUCAGACCAAGUAGUGAAGAAAUACAUUGAGGAGGAAAUGGCCAGGCUUCCUGAUAAGUUGGCAGUAACAUGGCCUGAAGGAGAUGAAAUAUUACCAAAUGAAACCAAACACGCAGGAGCAACUAUAGGAGCAUUAAGAAUUGAAAUCUUGAAUAAAAAAGGAGAAGCUAUGCAAAAGCUUCCGGGUACAAGUCAUGGAGGAUCAAAGAGACUGCUUGUGGAACUCAAGGUUAUUUUGCAUUCUCCUGGUGGAAAUAAGGAAAUAAUUUCUCAUAUCAGUCAGCAUGGGGGUAAAUGGCCUUAUUGGUUCAAAAAAAUGGAAAAUAUUAAUACACUUGGGACCUACACCUUGAAACUGCAAGUGGUAUUGAACGAAAGUAAUGCGGACACUUAUGCAGGAAGAUCUCUUCCAUCUAAAGUAUUUAAAUUUAAUAUAAUAGAGGGCAAGCCUCAGAAGUUUUCAAUUGGUCUUUUGGAUCCUCCAUUUCGGGUUGGGCUUCCAUUCAAUAUUCCACUAGAAGUACAGGAUGAAUUUGGUCAUGCUACUAAUCUGACAGAUGGUAUUGUACCAGUCCUUGAGGCUAAUGGUUUAACAUUGCAGUAUGAAGAAAUAGAUAGAGGACCAAAUUGUGCCAUUAAAAGUGUAACUGCUAAAGGCCUUGUUAACAAUUGCCAGGGCAGGAACUUCACUCUGAAGGUUACUCUUCCUGGUCUGAAGGAAGAAUCUCAGGCUUUGAAAAUUAAACUUCUCCCAGGACCUCCUAGGCAGCUGAAUGUCAAACCAGAUUCUGAUAUUUUGAAAAUUGAAAAUGGAACAGCAUUCCCUUUUCAAGUUGAAGUACUAGAUGAAGUAGGGAACAUAACCACACAACCAAAAUUAAUUGUUUAUUGCAAGUUUUCAGGAGCUCCAGACCUCCCUGUGUAUGAUGUGGAUUGCAGCAGUACUGGGUCAAAUAUGUUAACUGGACCAGCUUUGCGUAUACAAAAUAUAAAGAAAGAUCAAACACUUAAAGCAAGGAUUGAAAUACCUGGUUGUAAAAGUGUCCCACCACUGGAGAAGACUAUUAAACUGCUUCCCAGUAGUCGCGUUGCACGACUACAGAUUUUCAGUGUGGGUGGAGGAAAAGCUAUUCAGAUCAAGCACCAGGAUGAAAUUAACUGGAUUGCUGGUGAUAUGAUGCAAAACCUUAUUUUCCAAAUGUAUGAUGAGGGAGAAAGAGAGAUCAUAACAACUCCAGCUCUGGCUGAAAAAAUUAAGUUUCCUCUCCUACAAAGAAACCUCUCUUGCUCCCCACCUGUCCUGCAGGAAAAUUCUCUGGAAAUUCAGGUAAAUUGGACACCCAAGGUUAACAGAGAACAACUGAUUAAAGGAUUGUUACCUGAUGUGAAAGUACCAGUAUCUGUAAAAGAUGUGCGCUAUUGUCUAGUUACAUUCCAUGAUGACCAUGUAUCUUUGGAAAGUGCAUUUACAGUCAGACCACUUGCUGAUGAGCCAAAACAUAUUAAAUGCAAAAUAAAAGGAUCAACUGUAAUACCAAUGGGUGAAAAACUCCAAGGUGAAAUUGAGGUAAUGAUUACAGAUCAGCAUGGAAAUCAGAUUCAAAACCUGACAUCAUCUUGUGUGAAUUCCCUUGGAAUUUCUGGGAAUGGUCUGGAGAAGUCAGAUCUGAAAACUAUUUGGCAGGAAGAUACACAAACCAUUUGUGUCAAAGGCAUCAGAUUUAAACCUGGUCCCCCUGCAACCAAAGAACUGUGUUUUGCUUGGCGUGAAUUCUCUCAUUUCUUGAGAUUGGAUUUGGUUGCGGGGCCUCCAGCUAAAUUAUUGAUUGUGGAUUGGGCAGAGUUGGAGGAACCUGUGUCAGUGAUUAAUGGCAAAGAGCUACAGAAACCUCUUAUUGUCCAGCUGUACGAUCAGUGGGAUAACCUAUCUUCUGAACCAAAUGUAAAAAUCAACCUUAUAAAACCUAAUAAUAUAAAGAUUAUUCCUUCAAACCAGCUGCAUAAAACAGAUGAAAAUGGUAGAGCAAAUUUUGGAGUUCUUUGUAUUCAUGCUCCUAGGGGAGAGCAUAUGUUACAGUUUAAAGCCACAUACAACAAGAAUACAUUGCAUAGUCCAGGAAUAAGAUUAAAUGUUCUGCCUGACCCUGAUAAACCUGUAUGCCUGAAUGUCAAGUAUGACAAGAAUGUUACCUUCGCAGCUGGAAGCAUCUUACCUGAUUUCAUGGUUAGUGUUAUCUCUGAAGAUGACAUUAUUAUUAAAAAUAUACAUCCAGGAAGAAUUUCUAUGAAAAUGUGGGAAGGGCCCAGUACUGGAACUCUGUCCCAAAAUGUUACAACAUUUGGCUGUACCAAAACAAAAGAUGAUGAUGGCUUUUUUAACUUCACGGGGAAAAUGGUUCCAGAGAAAGUGGGCACAUACAGCAUCCAGUUUGCUUUUGCCAUUGACAAAAUAAACAUGCUUAACAGUGAACAGAUUGUAAUUGAAGUGGUGCCUAAUGAACCAGCACAAUUGGUGCCAGGAACUUUACCAAAUACUCCUGCAGUCUCUAAUGUUCGGGCGGUUGGCAGUCGUACCCUCGUUAAGGACUUGACCCUCAUCAUAAUGGAUAAAUACAAUAACUGUACUGGAAAUUAUUUGGAUGGGAAAAUCAUAGCUAAAAUUAAAAGUUCAGUUGAGAAAGAUACGGACAUCCCAACAUUUCAGGGUAAAACCAGUAUUGUUGAGUUUCCGUUUCAUAAAGGAAUUGUUGAAAUUGAGGCACUUGUACUGGCAGAAAAUAGUCCAGGCAAAGAUAGUACUGAAUAUAUUCUUGUAUUUGAGCCAGUCAUACCAACUUUGAAAAGACAUUUGGAACCUUAUUGUCUUUCUUUUAUGUUUUACAAUGGUUAUAAAAGACAGCAGCAGAUGGCAGCACUUACAAAAGAGAGAGACGGGCUAACUGAAUCAAUCAAUGCAUACAAAAAGAUGUUUGAUACCAAUAAUCAGCUUCAUGCUGAACUAAAGGAUCAAGCCCAGAUAGCUGAAACAAAAGAAUCCGAGCUGAAAAAUGAACUGAAAAAACAUCAGAUUGCCAUACCUCCGACAAACAUUCUGCAAUAUGUUGAUUCUGUUAUAAAACAGAAGACAUCUGAACAGGAAGCAAUAAUGAAACAACCUAGGAGAACAUGCACACUUGCUAACUACCCAAAAGGCAGCAAAGAUGUUCUAGGCAAGAUUUCACAUUUAGCACAAAUUGAGGAUAACGAAGCAGCAAAGGUCAUCUCUUGGCAUUUGGCAAGUGACAUGGACUGUGUGGUCACUCUGACAACCGCGGCUGCUCGUCGUAUCUUUGAUGAAACCCAAGGCCGGCAGCAGGUGUUGCCUCUUGAUUCUAUUUAUAAGAGGAAUCUUACAGACUGGAACAGGCCUUUACCUCACUUACGAAAUGGAAAAAAUUAUUUCAAGCCUAUUGGAAAUCCUGUAUUUGCCAGAAAUUUACUUAUAUUUCCAGAACACUCUCUUAACUGCCAGACAGUCUUUGGGAUGCUCUUAUCAGAUACCAUUAUUAUUGACAAUAUGGAUGCUGCCAAUCAUUACAGGACAGAGGUUGUGAAAAUUGCACAUUGCCCAACUUUGCUGACAAGAGAGGGAGACAGAAUUCGCGGCAAUGGCAAGUUUGGAGGCCUGCAGAAUAAAGCUCCACCCAUGGAUAAGCUUAGAGGCAUGGUAUUUGGAGCACCUCUGCCACAACGUUACAGUGUUCUCUCCAAACAGAUAGAUUGCCUUCAGCAGUACUGUCAAGCAGUUCUCAGACUUAAUAAAGUAAAUACAGAACUUGAAGAGCAAGAGCAGUUACUUAAUACUUCAGAAAUGCAAAAAAAGAAAAAAGAGCUUGCUGAGCAAGAAAGUAGACUCAGGAUAAUAGAGCAAGAAUUAGGUAUGACCUCAUCAGGUCGAUACACCAAAUCAUCACCUUACGCAGAAGAACCAGAAAGCGAUGACAAUCCAAAUCCUCCAAAAAGAAUGAGGAGAGAAACAUCAAAAAGAUUAUACAGUCCAGAUGAAUGGGUCUCGCCUCCUCCCAUGAAGAAACAGCAGCAAACAGCAGCCUCUACAUCAGAAGUUAAUGGAACAUCUCGAAAAAAGAAAACAUAGACUUGUUUUAAAGUUAUUGUAUAUAAAAAUAGGUAUCUGGUGAAACGAAGACCAUUCAUGUUGUUACUGUCAUUAAUACUUAUAUAGUGGUAGAUAACUUCUAUUGUUAGUAACAAGUUAGUCUAAUUUUUUUUUAUAGUUUCCCCCCAUUCAUUAGUUAUUUAACUUAAACAUGGAAGAAUAAAUAUACUUUUUUAUUUAUGAUUUUCCAAUUUUUGAAAUAAAGUUACAGUUCUAAAAGGC